AUGGUCCCCGUGUCCCUGCGGCCACACUCCGGUGCCAGCCAAGCCAAGGAUUUCACCCGUGUGCUGCCGUUCCAGCUCUCCGUGUCCAUCCUGGGGCUUUUGGAUCAGAAAUCCCUGGAUGCGUGUUCUGCUGUGAACGGCCGCUGGGCGUUCCUGGUCAGGCAGUUCCGGGAGGAGCAGGAGUGUCGGAGCGCAGUGCAGAAGAGCCUCCUGCAGCUGAAGGAGCUGUGUCCUAGAAAAACCAUCCCAAACUACGCUAAAAGGGUCGAUGUGCAAAUCCCCCAGUUAGAUGACGAGGGUGAGGUCAUUGAAGCGAAGGAGAAGGAGCAGAAGAGGAGACGUAAAUCAAAGACGGAGGAUUUCAGUCUGCACGAAGCCUAUCGGGAUCUGAAAACCGACACGAUCGAGCUGGAAGAGAGGAAUGUCUUCUGUGGCCCCUACAAGACGCUCGUCCUCAUGGAGCAGUCGGACCGCGGCAGGAGAGCCCACUACGGCGGCGGGGACUGGGUGGCCGCGGCGCACAGGACCGCGGCGCUGCUGCCCGUGCCGGCCGGGCAGGGCGUGCCCCUGCUGCUGCCCCGCCACGCCGGGCCCUGCAGCGCUCUGUGCCUCCGCCACGACCGGGGGCUCCUGCUCAGCACCACCGGCUGGGACCUCGGCAUCAGGUGCUGGGAUAUUCACAGCGGUGCCUGCGUGAGAACCUUCUGGGGUCACUACGCCACCAUCACCUGCCUGCAUUCCCACCAGGAGCGCCUUGUGUCGGGAGCUGGGGAUGGCAUGGUGAAAGUGUGGAGCUUGAAGAGUGGGGAAUGUCUGAGGACCCUGAUGCACGGCAGCCGCGUGUGGGCAGUGAGGAUGGACGGGACCCACGUGGUCAGUGGGGGUCACCGAGGGCUGGUGAAGGUCUGGAGUGCUGAGACAGGGGCUCUGAUCAAGACAUUAGAGAGGCACCAAGGGCCAGUUCUCUGCCUGUCCUUUGACCAGUGGCACCUCGUCACAGGGAGCAGUGAUGGAUAUGCCCUGGGAUGGAGCAUGGUGGGAAAAUUUAGGAGAUGCCUGAUUGCGUUCUUCCAUCCCAAGGAAGUGCUGUCCCUGGAGUUCCUGUACCUCAGAGUCAUCAGCGGCUGUGCCGAUGGACACGUUCGGAUAUUCAGCUUCCUGACUGGAACCUGCCUCCGGGUGCUGCAGCCCAGCAGCAGCGGGGACCCCGUGUCUGCUCUCUACGUCGCAGGAAACAGGGUGGUGACCAACUCCCCCGGCAGACUGCUGCUGCUCCAGUUCCAGGCUGUGGUGUGGGACUAUUCCCUGCCCGCUGACAGAGAGGAGGUGAAGAAGGAGAAGAAGUCCCAGAAGGGGAAGGGCCAGGGCUCCAGUGCAGAGCAGCAGCGAGCUCAGGACAAGUCUCCCAGAUCUCGCCAGCCACCAAAGAGUGCUGAAGCCGAAGAGGGCCCCGCUCCCCCUGCGCCCGAGGAGGCAGAGGCCGCUUUGGAGCAUGAGCUGCCCCAGACAGACCCAAGCCUCCCCAUGUCCCCUGACAGGUUCCUCCUGACAAUCAGCAGCCUGCAGAGCUCCUGCACGCCAGCCCCAGCCAGCCCCAGCCCCGAGCUCUCCGCAAAGGCCGGGGAGGCGCAGCAGCGGCGCCCUGGGAAGGUGCCGAUGUCCAAAACGCCCCUGCAGCAGCGGGAGGAGCAGGCAGCCCGGCUGCAGCGUGCCAGGCUGCACGGCCCUUCUCUGACCGUGACAAGAAUCUCCACUCCCUUUGAAACCAAAACGCUGCGGCUCAGGCUGAAGAACUCCCUGCACGGCCCCGCUGUGAAAUCCUCCAUCCCUGCUCCCCGUGUCGUGCGUCCCAAGUUCUGUGGCUCGCUGGGAGAAAGGAAAACUCCCAGCGGCCGUGGGAAAGACACUCCUGGCCCCAAGGAUGGGGAUCAGCUCAUCGAUCUCUGCACCAUCUCAGCUUCUUUGGAGCUGGUCCAGCCGACGCCUGGCAGGGCUGCAUGGAGGAAUGAAGCUCCCAGGAGAAUAAAGCCCUUCUGUGCCCCCUCUUCCCGCAGGGACAGUGGGUUCAGGCUCCUGACAGCAGAGCAGGAGGUGCGUGAGGCUGCUGUGGCAGCUCAGCGCCAGGCACAGCAGGCAAAGCCCACGGAAGAUAAGGAAGGAGCCAGAAGAAAAGCCUGGCUGAGGAAAAUCAGAGGCCUCCCUGUGGAUUCCUUUACUGGGGAGAGGAAAACACCUGCUCCAGAACUUGGGCAUAACACAUUUAUCUGA